CUGAGUUCUGCCCGGGAGACGCCGCCAGGACUAGUUAGCCGCGCCUCCUCGCCGCCAUGACGGACCGGUACACCAUCCACAGCCAGCUGGAGCACCUGCAGUCCAAGUACAUCGGCACGGGCCACGCCGACACCACCAAGUGGGAAUGGCUGGUGAACCAGCACCGCGACUCGUACUGCUCCUACAUGGGCCACUUCGACCUCCUCAACUACUUCGCCAUCGCCGAGAACGAGAGCAAAGCGCGCGUGCGCUUCAACCUGAUGGAGAAGAUGCUGCAGCCGUGCGGGCCGCCGGCGGACAAGCCCGAGGAGAACUAGCCCCCGCGCAUCCCGCCCCGCCCCCUCCGAGCGUCCUCCGCCACGCCCGGGACGCGGGCUUUCCGCCCUCGCGGACUUCUCGCUUCU